CUUAAGGGUCUGCGUGGUAUUUUAGGGUUCCAGCCUCCCAGAGCGUUGGCGUUUUGGGUUCAGGGUUCUCGCGGCGGCGGCUCGUACUUCCUUUCGCGUCUUCUGAAGGUUUGGGUUUAGCAGCGCGGAAAAGCUUGUGGAUCGUUCGUUAGGGAGUCGCCAUGAGCCGAUCGGGGCAGCCGCCAGAUCUAAAGAAGUACAUGGACAAGAAGCUCCAAAUCAAACUGAAUGCAAACCGUGUAGUCAUUGGCACACUUCGAGGAUUUGAUCAAUUCAUGAAUUUGGUCGUGGACAACACUGUGGAGGUCAAUGGGAAUGACAGGAACGACAUAGGAAUGGUGGUUCUCAGAGGAAACAGUGUUGUGAUGAUUGAAGCCCUUGAACCAAUUGCCAAGUCUCAGUGAAAAUCGGUUUACGUACUUCUGGUUGAGACUUUGAGCUGCUAGUUUUUGUAAAAAUUGAUAUGUAUGCGAUUGGGCGUAUUAUACUGUAACGUCGAUGCUGUAUGAGCUUUGCCACCUAUGUAUGUUUAGCCUCCCUUUGGUUGCAUACACCGCUGAAGUCAUUGCUAUUUAGCUGCAUUCCAUGCAAUACUGUGUUUUUAUCUUGUGUAGAUGGCCAUGGAAGCUUGGUAUUGUGUGGACCACAAACUAGACAUCUGUCGGUACUGUCGAUAGAGAUCAUAGGCAUAUUUGGUUGCAAGAAAAUAACUUCGUCAA